AUGGAUUUUCCCCAGAACUUGACACUUCCGAGCGUGUCCAACACCCUCUCACAGUGGUACUUUUGUUCGCUGGUCUCUGUGAGCGGCUUCGGUAUCUUUUACGAGAACGAAGGAAUCCAAACCAACUAUCUGUACAACGAGACUUCGAACGGUAAAGGGAGCGACCAGAUUAACUCCAUGCUGGCUCAUUUCAUCAGCACCAAGAUCAUACCGGCGGGGAAGACUCGGCUGACCGUGUACGCCGACAACUGCUCAGGGCAGAACAAAAACAGCUACGUGAUCAAGUUUCUAUUGGCGCAAGUACACAUGGGAGCUCUACAGUACGUGGACUACAAGUUCUUCGUCAAAGGGCACACGAAGAACUCCUGUGACCGUGGUUUCGGCCACAUCCGCAAGCACGUGGCCAAAGUGGAUUGUUGGACGAUGGACCAUCUCGUAGAGGGUGUUAGUUCGGCGUCCAAGAGCUCAAUCACGGUGCAUCUGCCUCGCGGAAGCUCAGCGUUCAAGUCCUACAAACCUAUUCUCACCUAA